UGCUAACUUCAUUUAAGUUUUGUCAAAUUUUUGUUGACGUUUAACAUUUUUUUUUAUAAUCAAAAAAUAUUGAAACUUGCAAUGGAUAAAAAGAAGUAAUGAUCACGUUCGUUGGCGAUGGAAUUCGCCGAAAUGAUAAAAACGCCAAAAUUAGACGGGGUAAUUUUACACAGCCCCUUUUUCGAUCCUGUCGACGGUAGGUUAUGUAUUACGGGGCAUCAUUUGAUUGUGUCGUCGAAAAAAGAGGAUGUACAAGAACUCUGGUUGUUACAUCAAUGUAUAGAUUCUGUAGAAAGAAGGGUGCUAAAUAACAAUUCUGCUCAAAAUGGGGGCUCAAUAUUUUUAAAAUGCAAGGAUUUUAGGAUUCUACAGUUAGAUAUAGCUCAUCCCGAAGAUUUCAAUAACGUCUAUUUAUCCAUUUUGCGUUUAUCCAAUUUAGAAAAACCAGAAUUAUUAUACCCCUUCUUCUACAGGCCUAUGUAUAGCAUUCUAGAAGAUGGACACACACUAUUUGAUUUAGAAAUCGAGUUCACCAAAUUGAUUGGAAGCGAUGAGUGGAGGGUAUCACAUGUCAAUAAAACUUUUGGAGUAUGCAAUAGUUAUGGAACUACAUUGGUUGUGCCUAAGAGUAUUGAUGAUGAAACUAUUAUUGCAUCGGCGAAUUUUAGGGAAGGGGGGCGUUUCCCAAUUCUGAGUUACAGACAUGAAAAUGGAACAGUACUACUUCGAAGCAGCCAACCCAUGUUAAAUAAUGCAAACAGAAGGUGCAAAGCUGACGAAAAAAUUUUAAAUUCCGUUUUGGGGCCUUACAAAAAGGGAUACAUAAUCGAUACAAGAAGUUCCACUUAUAUUAAUUACUGUAAAAGCAAAGGUGGAGGUACUGAACCAGAGGGUUAUUACAAUCAAUGGAAAAAGACUUCCAGACCUUUAGAUAAGGUCUCAAAGUGCGACGGGUCCGUUUUGGAACACUUGUCCAAAUUUAUAGAAGCUUGUUUGGAUCCCAAUUCGUCCUCUGACAAAUGGAUGUCGCGCAGCGCUAACUGGUUGGGCCAUAUACAAAAUACUUUAAAUGCAGCUUGUUUAGUGGCUCAAUGUUUGGAUAAAGAUGGCGCUUCAGUGCUGGUUCACGGCGCCAAUGGACAGGACAGUACUUUGGUUGUAACAUCUUUGGCUCAAGUUAUUUUGAAUCCGGAUUGUAGAACUGUUAGAGGUUUGCAAGCUCUCAUAGAACGGGAAUGGCUUCAAGCAGGCUAUCCAUUCCAAACAAGACAUCAGAAAUUGUGUUUUUCGAAUUCGAGAGUUAAAGGCAUCCAACCGACAUUUUUGAUAUUUUUAGAUUGUUUACAACAACUGCAUUAUCAAUUUCCAUGUAGUUUCGAAUACAAAACCGAAAUGCUCAUUACAUUAUUCGAACAUUCCUAUUUCAGUCAAUUUGGUACAUUUUUGGGCAAUUCGGAAUACGAACGGAGUUCCAUAGAGCUUCAGAAAAAAACUACCAGCCUAUGGUCGUACUUAAACAGGCCCGAUGUCCUAACCGCGCUCUUAAACCCCACAUACGAACCUAAUAAAUCAGCGAUAUGGCCUAGCGUUGCGCCCGUCAGCAUCGUCGUUUGGGCUGAUCUCUAUUUCAGAUGGCUGAUAGAUCAGCAGCAGCAAAGGACGGCCUUAAUCAAAGUACAAACCGUGAUACAGCAGGGCAAGGAUCUCAGAAGCACUGCCAUCAAACUCAGAAAGCAGCUCUUGGACAAGAUCAAGGAGUUGCAAUGCCUGCAAGAGGAAUUGAAAGUCGACAACGAUGACUGACAUAAUUUUUUAAAACACCAAUUUAGCUUUAGUGUAAUGGAAAAAACCAUCCCCUAUUAGUUCAUAUCAAUUAAUUAGUCAAUUCUCGUUUCGGACACACAUCCUGACUCUUAAACUUGUCAUGACAGGUCAAUUUUGGUAUUUGACACAU